AUGGUUCAAGCUACCACACAUAAUGAUAAUGAACACAGUCAUGGCGAUGGUGGAGGGAGUGAAUUGAUGACUACAGCAUCAGCAUUUAAUGGCAAAACAAUUUACAAAUGCGGCGAUUGUGAAUUGUCUUUUGGCAGCAUGAGAGACCUUAAUAAGCAUGUGAGAAACCUAAGUACAGAGAAACCUUACCAAUGUGAUGUUUGUGAGAAAUACUUUCCAAUGUUGCGCUCAAUAAAAAACCACAUGAGAAUACAUACUGGAGAAAGACCAUUUCAAUGUACUCUGUGUCAAAAGUCUUAUUCUAAUUCAGGUGAUUUAUCCUAUCACAAACGUUUACAUACUGGAGAACGACCUUGGAAGUGUGAUGUUUGUGGGAAAAGUUUUACUUUUCUACCUAAGCUCAAAUCCCACAUGAGGGUACAUACUGGAGAGAAACCUUUCCAAUGUGAAGUUUGUUUGAAAUUUUUUGCACAGGCAUCACAGCUGAAGAAUCAUGUGAGAAUUCAUACUGGAGAGAAACCUUACCAAUGUGAUGUUUGUAAAAAGUCCUUUGCUACCUCAACUACUCUGAAACAGCAUACAAUUAUACAUAAAGAAAAACAGUACAAAUGUGAUGUUUGUGGAAAAUAUUUUGCCAGGCCACAUUAUCUGAAUAAUCAUAUGAGAAUGCAUACUGGAGAAACUCCAUUCCAAUGUGAUGUUUGUCAAAUGACUUUUACUCUCAAAAGCCAUUUAGAAAAGCAUAUGAAAUUGCUCUCCGAAGAAAAGCAUUACCAAUGUAAUGUUUGCAAAGAAUACUUUUCAGAGCUGGCAAUUAUUAAGACCCAUGUGAAAAAGCAUGCAAAAAAUAAAGGGCACCCAUGUGAUGUUUGUGAAAUGAGUUUUACUAAAAGAAGUGAUUUAAUCAAUCACAAAAAAACUCAUACCGGGGAGAAACCUCACCCUUGUAAUGUGUGUGGAAAGCAUUUCUUACGGAAGUCAUAUGUGAAAAAACACAUGAGAAUACACACUGAAGAAAAAGAGAAAAAUUUUAAAAAGAAACCUUACAAAUGUGAUGUAUGUGGUAUGUGUUUUUCCCAUGAGGGUUAUCUUUAUUUUCACAUGAGAUCUCAUCCUGAAGAAAAAUCUUAA